GGCGCGGGGGGCAGGGUGGGGGGGGGGGAGCCCCCCAUUCCGCUUAGAGACGCCCCCCUCCCGCCCACCUCUGCUCACAAAGGCAAAGAUCCCUCGUGUAGCCUUAACAGACCGUUGGGGCAAGUGCUGUGAGCGAGUGGCACCUAUGAAGGCCGGCACGGCACACGAGGGGGUGGGUGGCCAACACCACGCCCGGCCGUCCUUUGUCUUCCCAGUGGCGAUGUUUACACACCGCACCAGGUACUCAUUUGAGGAAGCCCAGGACCAGUUCAGAUAAUCGUCACUGGCGUUGGUGGCUGUGAGCAGGAAUCGAACUCUGGUGGCUAAUCUCUGCACCACCGCUCCCCAUGCAGACACGAGAUGAUAGUCUAGACAUGUUACACAUAGUACACACACGCACACGCUCAUGCACACGUCCGCACACACACAUGCACACACACACACUCAUACACACGAAUAUACCGCAACAAGCCUUUGUUUUCUCUUGAUUCAAAUUGUUCUACCAUCGGUGGGCAAUUUGUUUGUCAUGUGCGUGCACGUGUGUGUGUAUGUAUGUAAGUGCGUAUGUAUGUACGUGAGUGUGUAUGUGCGUGUGCGUGUGUGUGUACGUGCGUGUGUAUGAGCACGUGUGUAUGCACAUGUGGAGUGGGUUCAACUUCGUCGCAGACGCACUUCUUGGAGGCAACACAUUUAUUAAAACCAACACACGGGGUACUACCCCUGAGCACAUGAACAACAUAUGGUGGUGGACCACCAGGUUAACUCCUCUAAUUACACUGGAGCAGCUACGACGGACCGGACCCUGGCCUGGGUCCCGGUCCACGUGUAGGUGACUCUUGUAGGACGUAGAUUCUUCAGGAUGAACAACAGCAGCCGGUCCCGCUCGGGGACCCGGCUUCUAUCCUCCGUCGCGUGGCUGGCUCCGCUCUUAGCCACGCCCACCUUCUAGAACCCUCUUGCAGGUUCUCGACCCUGACACGUGACCACCCCUAGCCCCCACCUGGGGGCCCUGUGUGACUUUACCGGUCACGUGUCCUUCGGGGUCAACCAGAGUGCCACGGCCCUUAGUAACCCCAUUCCCAUGGCCGGCACUCCUCACCUUAUCCUGUAGGGGUCGGCACUGCACGCAGAGCGUGGUGCCACUCAGCACUGUCGGACAGCGCUCACCAAGCGCCUCUAGGGCCGGUACUGCACCCACAUGUGAGAUGUGUCUGCGAUGUCCCUACACAUGUGUACGUGUGUGUGCAUAUAUGUGUGCGUGCGCAUGUAUGCGUGUGUGUGCGUGUGUGUUCCUCGGGCGGUCCUGCACUCCUUUGCCGAGCCGUCGACCCCGGCUGUCUGUGUGAGUGCCGCCACGGAGUCUCCGUGGGGCCAUAGCAGCAGCAGCGACACAGGGAUGAGAAUCACUCAUGCCGGUCGGGGUAGCCAUUGCCGGCUGCCGUCCGGGGUUGGUGGAUCACUCUGAGAUGGGAAGCCGUGCGACACACGAACUUCUUCACACCUGACGGCCGAUGAUGCCGACAGCGGGCAGUACAGCAAGUAUCCCCGUCGAUGAGCCCCACGGGCCAGCGCGCCUACUACUACAGCCGCGACUUUGUGAUGCACUAUCAGGCGCAGCAGACGGGCAGGCGGACGUACUUCCUGGCGGCGGAGAGCCAGAGGGACGCCGAGGACUGGAUGGCGGCGCUGGGGCACACGGCGCUGUCUCAGCCACGCCGGAACGGCCAGGGCGGCGGCGGCCCCAACCAGCACGCGGAGCGGCUUCACCACGAGGAGCCGGCGCGCAACGGGAGGGGGGACCACCACGGGCUCGGCGGCGCGAGCGGGGGGGGCGCGGGCCGGGGGGAGGGGCCGCGCAGCCCCCGCAGGGCGCCGCGCUCCAACGGGGGAGGGGGGGCCCCCGCGGCGGGGCCAGGGGCCGGGGGCGGUGGGGGGGGCCGCAGGGAGCUGCGGCUCUCGGACAGCGACAGCGGCGGUGGCGAUGCCAGGGCGACGGUGGCGCAGCCCCGCCACGGCGAGGGUCCCAGGGCCCACGUUUGGCCCGAGGUCGCCGGCACGGUGGCCCGGGGCCCCUACCCCUCCGAGGGGGCCCACCCCCCCCGUGGCCCCGACCCCAGGCAGCCCCACCAGCCCGUCAUCGUGUCGCGGCCUCCGCGGAGCAACCACGGCCAGGGCCCCAACCCAGCUCGGCAGAGUGGCCCCCAAACCCAGACGAUGCCGAGGCUGCGCCGGGAGGUGAGGCCGGACAUGACCGACCAGGCACGACCAUCCCAGCCGGCGCUCCCGUCGCGCCUGGCAGCCGGCCCCGGCGCCGCCACCCCGGCCUCGACGGCGCCGGCUUACAGCACCCGCACGCUGCCGGUGCGGGGGGCCGUCGGGGGCGCCCCCGAGGCGGCGGGGGGGGGCGGGAGGGGGCAGCGGCACGCGGCGCAGCACGGAGCCAAUGUGGCCGCCCGGCCGGGCGACUACAAGUAUGCCCAGGACCGCGUCAUCCUGCGCGGCAUGAACGAUGAGGACAAGCGCUCGAGCAAGGAGGGAACCGUCUGGCGCCUCUACGAGUGGCAGCAGCGCCAGCUCUUCCGCCAGGGCAUCGCGCCCCCCUCUCGCUCGCCCACGGAGGCGCCCGCGUCCCCCAGCGUCGACCGGGGCGCCGGGCCCUUUGCGGGAGCCGCCGCGAGGUCGUCGCGCGGCGUCACGUCCCCGCACGCCCCCGUGGGGAGGGUGGCGGUGGCCGCCGGCCGUUACAGCCAGGACGACGCCGGCACCGCGAGGAGAGCGCCCGCGGGGGCGGCCUACAAGAGUCCAGAGAGCCAGGACCGUCGCUCCCUCCCGGGUGCCUACAGCUCCCUCCCCCACUCAGUCACCACCUACUCGCUCUCCAGCAAACCGAUGUCCGCGGCGCCCUCCUCGCCCACCGGGGGCCACCUCCCGGACGACAAGGAGAUCGAGCUGCGGCUGGGGCGUCUGUGCGAGGAGGACCAGUCACUGCGCUCGCUCACCGCUCACCUCCAGCAGCUGCAGGAUGAUAAGGCGCGGCUGGAGGAGGCGCUGGAGACCACGCACCGGCAGAUGCAGGAGUUCCGGGGCCAGCCGGCCCACCAGCAGAAGAUCCUGUACCAGCAGAGGCUGCUGCAGGAGGACCUGGUGCAACUGCUGGCUCAGAUCUCGCAUUCCAACUCGGAGUGGGAGCGCGUCAUGCAGGAGCGCCGCGGCCUGGAGAGGGAGGCGCGGGGCCUGCAGGAUGCCGCCGCGGCCCAGCUUGCCCGGCUGGGGCCCGCGGCGGGAGCGCCCGCGGCCGCCCGCCUGCAGAAGCAGCUGUGGCGCAUGGAGGACGUCCUGCGCGGGCUGCAGUACGUGGGCAGCGCGGGGCAGCGAGAUGGGUCGACCCGCGACGAAGCCCCCCAGCCCCGCGGGGGGGCACCCGUGGACCGGGGGUACGAGCCCCCCCCGCCGCCUCGCAACUACGAGCGCUACCUGGAGGAGGAGGAGGAGCGCGCCCCCCCACGGCCCCCUCUCCCCCGCGCCUACUCCCCCGACGACGCCGCGGCCAUGGGGGGGGAGCAGCCUCCAUCACCGUCGGCCGAGGGGGGGCGCCCCCCCGACGUGCCGCCCCUGCCCAGGGAGACGCAGGCGCUGCGCCACACGUCCGUGCGCGAGCUCAAGCGGCAGUCGGGCGAGCGGCGGAGAGACCGGGAGCACGGCGGACUCACUAAUGGGGACUACCAGUACCACAGUGAGCCCGAGCUCUCCAUCGGAGCCAACAGCGAUCCCUCGUCCUCCCUCUACAGAUCAACACUCCCAGGCCAAUCGCAGAUGCUCUCCGUCUCCUCCUUCGUGACGCUUCGACGGAGCCAGACGGAGGCCAACGUCUCAUCACAGCGGGACCGACCCCGCAGCGCCCUGGAGCGUCUCUAUUCCGGCGGCGGCGGCGGCGGCGGCCGCAUGAGUGCUGAGGAGCAGCUGGCGCGGAUGAAGCGGAACCAGCGAACCCUGCAGCGGCAGCGCAAGCGCUCGCUCAGCUCGGCGUCGGACAAGCGCGGCGGUGGCGCUAGCGCUGCAACCGCAGCUGGCGGCGGUGGCGCGCUGGCGAACAGCAGGGCUGCCGCCGGUGGCACGGCCACGCUCCCCGCACGCCCGCACUCCGCCUCGUUCGCAUACCAGCACUGGGACCCCGAGGAGUCGGAGCUUCGCCCGUCGGGGGGCUCGGCGGUCAGCUGGGGGUGGGACGGUGGUGCCCCCCCCCGGUCCUCCUCCUCCUCGGCCCCCCCCGCCCCCGCAGCCCCCCCAGCAGCCCCCCCCAGAGCCGAGAGGAGCUCGGCGCCGCGGGGUCGCGAUGGGAUCACGGAGAUCGACGUGGAGCCGGACAGUUACGAGGUCGACCUCUUCAAGGAGCUGGGCCGGCCAGACAAGGUGGUGAUCCCGGAACGUUACAUGGAGAUGGAGCCGGAGGAGGCCCUGGGCCCGGAGGAGAUGGAGGCACGGAGACGGACGGUCGCCAAGAUCCAAAACCUGCUAGCUCGUUCAAGCGGGCACGCGGUGCCGGUGGCGGUGGCGCCAGGCGGCGAGGCGGAGGUCCCCGGUGUGAGCGAGGACCAGGAGCGGAUCAUCAGCAUGUCACACGCACUCGCUAGCGAGGCGUCACGCCGCAGCAAGGCCGUGGCCGCCCAAGCCUUGAGGAGCAGCGUCGGCAGUGGGAGCAGCGUCCGGGCAGUGCUGAUGACUUCAAAAGACGACGAUGACUUCCUCCUAUAAAUACCGCCUACGAUAAUAGCAAUACCGUUUGAUAUUCCUCUGAUUACUACCAUCGUUUUUCUUUGAUUACUAUUUUUUCUAGAUAUUAAUAAUAUUAUUAAAAACAACUUGCUUACUAAUUACAAACAAAUACACACACACAGAGGUCUAUUUUUAAUAAAAAUGUCGAAAGGAAAAGCAAGCAAAGGGUUAAGCGAGCAGCAACGCAUCCAGCGGACGGCACUCCGGGUGUGCGAGCGAGCUCCGUUUGACUUCUCUAUUUUAUUUUUUAUCACGGACGUUGCUGGACGUUGAAGCGUGCGGCCGCGUGGACGUUGCUGGACAAUGAAGGAGGCGGCAGCAUCGUGCGGCCGCGUGCACGUUGAUGGGCCGCGGGGUGUCGGGUUGCUCUCGAGUGCCCGCCGUCAGGGCCACAAGUGAACGAAGAUGGUCGACUCACGUGACGAGGACUGCGACUGCUGCCCACUCAACAUCACCACCAUCGCCACUGCCAUCAUCAUCACCAUCAUUACCACCACCAUCACAACCAUCAUCUCCAUCAUCACCACCACCACCACUAUCACAACCAUUAUAACCACAACCAUCAUCACCACCACCACUACCAUACCAUCAUUUUCACCAUCACUACAAUCAUCACCACCACCACCACUUACCAGCACAACCACCACUACCACCACCAUGACCACCACCAUCACCACCACAGAGCGAGCAUGCCUGACUGUGACGAGACGAGGCUAUAGAGUCUGAAUGAAUACGUGGUCCGAGAUGAUCUCAUAGUGGCAUUGCACGCGGUCAUUGGCUACAAACGUGUUGAAGAUUUACCGAGUUCAUUGAUUGCCUGAACUGAUCAUAAAUUGGGGGAGGGGGGGGGGAAUGCCCCUUACAGUGGACGAGGCUAAGAGAAUGACCACAUGGGAGGCCACAGACUGGACUCGAUGUGGCCAUUGACCACUUCAGCGGUCAUCGUUGACCGCGAACAUGGCUAAAUAAAAGGGAGCUCACCAAAUUCACACUGGCGCGCGUGCUGGCAAGCGGUCGCACAUUGUUUCCAGCAACAAUACCCCGUUUCCACUUGUAUAUCCGAGCCGAGCCAGCACGGGGCCAGCAUGGCACGGGUGGUAGUUUUUUUUUCCCCCACUGGAUCAGUUGGCAAAGCUGAGACGAAACCAAAAUCGUGACAUGUGUGCUGCCGGCAUCACAAGAAAACGACUGGAUCUGGCUGGCAGGCCAAACAGGGCCAGAGACGGGGCUGAUAAUGUGCGAAUUGCGUGUGCCGUCAAGGGCACGGCUCGGCUUCUACAGAGUGGGAAAAACAAUACUGGCACGGCUCGGUUGUGCAGUGAAAAACGAGGAACCAGUGACCGGUUGUGCAGAACGCUUCCACACGUGUGCGAGCGACGCUCCAGCAUUUACCCAAUGUCGUCUGUGAACUAAAACGAUAAUUAUUUUUUUUAAAUGUAUAUUUUAAAUCGUUGCACGCUUUCACGCGCCUGAUGAUUGAUAAACGCGUGACAGCGCUGAUGAGAACUGUGUGUGUGUGUGUGUUCCACGUGUUGUUGAGAGCAGUGAUGGUGGGGGGAGUGGUUGGGGGGGUUAUACAAUCGGGGAACCCGUACCAGCAGCACCGUGCCAAAUCUACAACCCAGGUUGUUUUUUAACGUCGGGUGAAAGAACGAUGUUCACGACGUAAAAACAAUAACAGUGACGCUGAUGUCAAGACGACGGCGACGAUGAUGAUGAAAAUGUGUCCGUUUUUUAAGCUUUUAUAACAUAUUUCUCUAAACACAAAACUGCUGUAACAACAACAUUAACGAUUGUACUUUGAUUGUAAUGAUGAUAGCGAUUGUAACAGUGCCUCUUAGGUUACACUGGGGAGGGGGGCAUAGGACCACCCCCCCCCCAUAAUUGAUGUGGAUCUCGGUGGUCUGCCGGGCCCGAUCGAGGCGGCACACUCGGUGUGGGCGCCUCCCCGCGAGGCGCCUUCGUCGUCAGGCAGCGAGACUCGGGACACGCGCGCGGCCACACAGCAAGGAGUCGCAGGACUCUGCGGGUGUUGAUUUGUAACAAGCCAAUGGAUGACGAGUCGCGUUUAGUGUGGUUAUUAUUAGUAGUAUUAUUGACGUGGGGAGGAGGAACCCGGAGCACCCGGAGAAACCCCGCACCUUGCGUGCGAGGGGGAAAUAAUAUCCCCGUACAGAUGGAAACAGCCGGCGCCCUCUUGCUGUCCUGUUUUCCUCCUGGCAGAGCCAGGGUACGGCUCCUCCCCAGUGGCACCGGGGAUUGUCACAGCGUUGGAAUGCGGGGAUCCAUCAUCAACCCUCGCUGCUGCCUCCCUGGUGCGCGAUUACAUUGAGCCGCGUGCAUCGCCGCCACCACCACCACCACCGCCACUGUCCGGCUCCUACACUGAGCCGCGUGCAUCGCCACCACCACCACCACCACUGUCCGGCUCCUACACUGAGCCGCGUGCAUCGCCACCACCACCACCACCCCCACCACCACCACUGUCAGGCUCCUACACUGAGCCGCGUGCAUCGCCACCACCAUCGCCACCACCACCGCCACCACCACCGCCACUGUCCGGCUCCCACACUGAACCGCGUGCAUCGCCACCACCACCAUCACCACCACCACUGUCCGACUCCCACACUGAGCCGCGUGCAUCGCCACCACCACCCCCGCCACUGUCCGGCUCCUACACUGAGCCGCCGCGCGGCUGCGCGCGCACCGACGGCGCCUGGAGAAGGGUGCCAGUCGGAGCGUCGUGGAGGCGUGAGCCGCGCGAACGAAAGUUGCGAGACGAGCACGAUGGGCUUUACACCGAGCGGCAGGGAGAGAGAGACAGACAGGGACACAGUCGUCAGAUGUAUCUAUAUAUAAUUUAUGCCGAGCGGACGUAAUAGCGACUGUGAGGAAAGUUCGGCGAGAUUGGUUCAGAGGACAGGGCGACUUCGAAGGGAUGAUGGGCGAUGAUGGGCGAUGGACGAGAUCAGUGAUGGAAUGGCAGCCGAAGGAGGGAACGCGCCCGCGAGGGUGGCCGUCACCACCGCGGAGGAGAUGGAGCGAUGAGGGACGUGUGGAUGUAUCGUGGUGUCGCAGCACCGCUCGUGAUGAUGGUUUGGGGAGUCCUCCAUCCAGCAGUGGAUAGAUCGUGCCCCAAUGGGAGGGGGGGGGGGUAGUGCAGUAAUUACCGAAUGACAGCGGUGUGAGAACCCUUGCCUUAGGGUGCGGCACGGCGCGUCGCGGCUUGUAAAUAAAGGAGUGGGCUGACGAGGGAGACGAUGUGCGAGCGUGGGGUUCAAUAAAAGUAUCCGAGACGUGG